AUGAAUUACAGAGACAGCAUGACGCAUGGAGGAGGGUAUCUACAUCCACGUGCACCUCCUGUUCGUCGAGCAACAUAUGAUGAGGAUCAGAGAUCACCGCAAAUUGAUGGCUACAUUCCGAACAGAAUACGACGCCCAUCACCGAUACGAGCUACACGUGUAAACCACAGGCCUUAUUCAGGUACACCUUCUCCACAGGUGCUCACAGACGAAGAGGAGCCGAUGGUCACUUCUGUACAUCAAAGGCGUCUUCCACAAAUUGGUACAGUACAGUCAGAAGCACUACUGCAUUCGCCAGACUAUUACCCCAGUAGUGGCUAUGUGCCGCGGUUUACAGCAGCAACAGCGGCUGGUUACGGUUGGCGGAUACCACCUGCUGGUGGCUACUACAGUAGUAUGGAGCCGUAUGGUCGAGUUCCAUGCGAUUUGAAUAGUGGUAGCAGCAGAGCACCUACAGUGGUCUACGCUGGACCUCGGGUAAGGCCAAUGACAAGGGUGAUACGAGCGCAACCGGGCAAUGUGCCACUGAGUGACUCCGACAAUGAUGAACCAAAGUGGGCGGUUGUUUAA